AUGACUCCCUUUGAAGUGGUGUAUGGAAGACCCCCAACUAAAUUGCAGUCCUAUAUACCUGGCUUAACUACUAACCAAGCAGUUGAUGAGAUCCUAAAGACUAGAGAUCAGAUUUUGUCUACCCUUAAGCUUAACUUGGCUAUUGUUCAAGACAGAAUGAAGUUCCAAGUUGAUAGAAAGAGAACUGAAUGGGAGUUAGCUGUGGGAGACAGGGCUGUUCAAAGAGUGGGACAAGUUGCUUAUAAAGUGGAUUUGCUUUCACACAGUUCUAUUCAUCCAGUUUUUCACAGAUCAUGCCUUAAGAAGAAAUUGGGUCAACAACACUCUCCACUUUCCACUUUGCCUCCAGUAGAUUUGCAAGGGGAGCUGAUGGCUAAGCCUGAGGCUAUAUUGCAACGUAGGAUUAGACAAGUUAAGAAUUGGGCAGUGGUUGAUGUUUUGGUUCAAUGGAGGGGGGGCUAG